AUGGAAUUAGUAGCAGAGGUGGAAGCCGUGGGGUCUGGUCUCAGGGUGACCUGGCUGGGCCACGCAUCAGUCCUGGUAGAGAUGGACGGCCUGGUCAUCCUCACUGACCCCAUCUUCAGCCAGAGGGCAUCUCCCUUCCAGUUCAUGGGGCCCAAGAGGUUCAGGGGCCCGCCGUGUACAGUAGAUCAACUACCCAAGGUGGAUGCUGUGCUCAUCAGCCACACCCACUACGACCACCUGGAUGUAGGGUCAGUUAGCAGCCUCAAUAAGCGCUUCGGCGCCGAGCUGCGUUGGUUUGUCCCUCUGGGGCUCCAGGGUUGGAUGCAGAGCUGUGGCUGUAAGAACGUGAUAGAGUUGGACUGGUGGGAGGAGAGCUGUGUCCCUGUCCCCAGCCCUGUCCCCAGCCCUGUCGCUGUCCCCAGCCCUGUCCCUGUCCCCAGCCCUGUCGCUGUCUCCAGCCCUGUCCCUCUCCCCAGCCCUGUCCCCAGCCCUGUCGCUGUCCCCAGCCCUGUCGCUGUCCCCAGCUCUGUCCCUGUCCCCAGCCCGGUCGCUGUCCCCAGCCCUGUCCCUCUCCCCAGCCCUGUCCCCAGCCCUGUCCCUCUCCCCAGCCCUGUCCCCAGCCCUGUCGCUGUCCCCAGCCCUGUCCCCAGCCCUGUCGCUGUCCCCAGCCCUGUCCCCAGCCCUGUCCCCAGUGGUGUCAGCCAGGAUAAGGUGAUGUUCGUAUUCACCCCAGCCCAGCACUGGUGCAAGCGCACCCCAACAGACGAUAACAGAGAUGUAAUGAAGUCACUGCAUGUGGACCCAGAGGAGGCUGUGGAGAUUCAUAAGGACAUCAAGGCCAAACACUCCCUGGCUAUUCACUGGGGGACCUUCGCAUUAGCUCAUGAGUUUUACUUAGAACCUCCAGUGAGACUCAGGGAGGCCAUGGAGAAGAAUGGGUUGAAUGCGGAGCACUUCUUUGUCCUGAACCAUGGAGAAUCCAGAGUGAUGGGGGGAGAAAGAGAAGGAGGGGGCGUUUGACUGAUCAGAUGGGCUACAUUGGGGCGGCAGGGUAGCCUAGUGGUUAGAGUGUUGGACUAGUAACUAGAAGGUUGCAAGUUCAAAUCCCUGAGCUGACAAGCUGACAAAUCUGUUGUUCUGCCCCUGAACAUGCAGUUAACCCACUGUUCCUAGGCUGUCAUUGAAAAUAAGAAUUUGUUCUUAACUGACUUGCCUAGUUAAAUAAAGGUAAAAGAAUAAAAAUUGCCAGAAGCUGCAAUAUGAAAGAGUUUGGACUUCUGACAAAGAGAUCUAAGCUUGGCGUUAUAGCGUUUGCCUGGUUAAAGGGCACUGAUGUACAUAUUUGCAACUUUAAAAAAAAAAAAUGUUUAAUGCCAAGUGAUAAUGAUUGCACUAUUAAAUACAUUUUUUGUCAACAUGGCUGUUUCUUUAAAUUCGUGACCAAGCAAGGAAGUAAGGAAGUAGCUCAUCUACUGUUGAACCAACUGUGACCAACUUUCAAGAGUUCCUGUUGUAAACACAAUACCGUUACUAGUUUGAUGUUUCUAUAAUUGUAAUCUAAGAAAUUAUGGUUAGGCCAACUAGACCAAGUCAACUAACCAACGCAUUCCGACUAUGGCUGCUUCCAAAUGCAUCUUCACUCCACGAGUUUGGAAAACGACACUUUCAAGGUGUAUUCACCGAGCCGCAAGUGUUCUGAACACAGCGAAGGGAACUUU